GUAAGGCCAACCUAACGACUUCGUUUUGUCCUCCUCUCUAUAUAUCAUUUGAUCUCAAGCUCAAGUAAUUCCAACUAUACAAUUUGAUGAUUUAACAAUCGAACAGUAAAUAUGAUAAACGCACUCAGAUUAGCUACCAGAGCACAACCACUUUCUCUGUUCUCAAAGUCUUCACAGAUUGGAUUGCGGACUCUUUUGACAAAAUCAGGCAAACAGGACGACGUCAAAGUGGACCAGACCAACCCUAAGGAGACAAUGUCCAGCUUUGGAGAGGGAUAUGCCACUAGGUCAGAUGAAGAAGGUUUUGGAGGGAUCUAUGGAGGAAACCAAGAGGAUGAGGAAAAAGUUGUCCAUGAGUUUGAUAACAAACAAGGAAGUGAAGUGAAGGAGAAGGAGAAGGCUCGUAACCAAUCUCAAGUAGCUUGAACAAAAAUUGGCUCCACUAUACUAGUGAAUUGACGAGACGAGUUUCAACCUUUUUUUUUUUUUUUGACGUGUAAAUAUGUUUGAGGUAAUGCUCAACGCUUACUCUAACAUAUGGAAUAAAAAUUUCAAAAUUUAGUGUUUAAUCUUGAAAGACAUUUAAUAUUUAGUACUACUGUUUUUCUGUGUUUUUGUUGAUGAUCUCUUCACAAAUAAUGUGUUGCAUUUUGCUGAUAUGUACUACUUGAACCUGAAUAUGUCAAUUGAUAGUACCUCCAUCAUUGAGCAA